GAUGUGCUGUUGCGUCAUCGCACCUGCUUUUUGCCGUACUCCCCUUCCCUUCGAGUGGCUGAUCAUGAUCUAGUCUCCUGUCCGCAUCUUCCUCAUCUUUCUGGUUCGCCGAUUCCACUCGGUACCAGACCCAGCCAACUUUUAUUCCAAGUGCUACUUCUCAAGCAUUCAGUAGCACGUACAAAGUCGUUUAUCUUCAGAGCACAUAGGCUCCGAUUCUAUGCCUGCGGAAUUCCUCACGCAUCAACUCCUUCAUUAAAAACAUGUACCUUGAGCAAACUGUGGACAUCUACCUCUGGUCGCCUGCUGCAUCUCAUCACCACAUUUGGUCACAAUGCCCGAUUUCUGUGA